AUGCUAUCCACCUUCCUUUUACCUAUUCUUGCGCUGUCCGCUGUAAGCGCGACCCCGCUCGCCGCCCCUUCCAUUGCCACCCGUUCCACUAAACCCGUCGUAGGAGCUUGGUACGCCGGAUGGCGCGCUGAGGAUGGGUUCCCGCUCUCUUACGUUAGCUGGGAAAAGUACACUACGCUGUACUACUCAUUUGCAGAGCCCACCCAGAACAUCUCCACUUUGAGCCUGGCAGGCUCGGAUGGCGAGAUGCUCCCUCAGUUCGUCACUACGGCCCAUGCAAAUGAUGUUGAGGCCCAUAUUGCUGUCGGAGGCUGGACUGGGAGUGUCUGGUUCUCUUCUCACCUUUCCACUGCCGCAAACCGGACGGCAUUUGUGCAGACCGUGGCCGAUUUUGCUUUACAAUACAACCUUGAUGGCGUCCAAUUCGACUGGGAGUACCCGAACCAUCAGGGAAUUGGCUGUAACACCAUUAGCGUGAACGACACCGCAAAUUUCCUCGCAUUUCUCCAGGAGCUUCGCGCAAACCCAGUAGCAGAGAGGCUCACCCUCUCAGCCGCCGUAACUCUGACGCCCUUCAAUGACGCUACCGGAAGUCCUUCUGCUGACGUUUCUGGGUUCGCGAAGGUCCUCGAUUACGUCUCCGUGAUGAAUUACGAUGUUUGGGGCUCUUGGUCCUCGACUGUGGGGCCCAACGCACCGUUGAACGACACCUGCGCUGCGCCAGCGAACCAACAGGGCUCUGCUGUUUCUGCAGUUAAGGCUUGGACGGACGCAGGGAUGCCUGCCAACCAGAUUGUGCUCGGCGUUGCUGCAUACGGUCACUCGUUCAGCGUCUCUCCUUCUAACGCAUUCAUGCCCGAUGCGCCAGAGACGCUGGUUGGAUACCCCGCCUUCAACGCCUCGAACCAGCCCUUGGGUGAUGCAUGGGACGACACUGGUAGCGUUGAUGUCUGUGGCGUUUACGAGGGCCCAGGUGGCACUUACAACUUCUGGGGCCUCAUUGACGACGGUUUCCUCACCGAAACUGGCGCGCCUGCCAACGGCAUUUUCUACAGAUAUGACAAUUGUAGUCAGACGACGUAUGUGUACAAUGAAACCUCGCAAGUUAUGGUCUCCUUCGACAACAUUCCAUCGUUUGCUGCCAAGGGCGAGUAUAUCAAGGACGCAGGGCUGCGCGGUUUCUCGAUGUGGCAGGCGGGUGGUGAUCACAAUGAUUUGCUCCUUGACUCUAUCAUCGAUGCUUUUGGGUGUAAUUAA